CUUCAGCAGGAGAAAGGUGUGUUGUGCUUAGAAAUUGCGGGGUUCACGGAUAUCACGCCAGGCUGAUGUGUGAUUGGUGGAGAAUGAGGAAGUGAGUUUGUGAACGCAGUUGAGGAACGAGUUUAGUUGACAGGGAAAGCUUCGUAUGUUCUACCAACAUGUUUUGUUCCUGCCUUGUCGCGUGACAUCACAUACCCGGAAGUUAUGCCGGGACGGUGCUGUAACCUGUCUUCUGUUCAGAGAUACCGGCUUCUGUUCACGUCGCAGCCGAUGUUAACGCUCCAUUUGCCACGCACUAGACAUGCUGCUGUUGGUGCUAGGAGGCCUCCUAGUGCUCUUCUGCACUGUGGAUGUGUGGUACUUUCUGCGGGCGGUGUACGUGUUGAUCCAAACCCUGCUCCUACCGCGCAUACGGGACGUGCUGGCGGAGCAACGGUUGGAUGGCGUGGUUCUCCCCCAUGACGUGGACUACAAGGGUCACAUGAACAACUCGCGCUACCUGCGCGAGUGUGACUUUGCCCGCUUCCACCACUACAUGCGCACCGGGCUCUUCCUGGCCUUGUGCAGGAUGGGGGCCAAGAUGGUGAUCGGGGCCUCCACGAUCCGCUACCGGCGCUCCUUGGCCUUUGCCGAGACGUUCGAGAUUCGCACCAGGGUCCUGGGCUGGGACGACAAAGCUUUCUAUCUGGAGCAGCGCUUCGUGUCCAAGAAGGACGGCUUUGUGUCAGCCGUGUUGCUCUGCAGGCAGAAUGUGGUGCACAGCAGCCCUGAGGAAAUUGUUGAGUUUGUCUGCAAAACGAAGAUCAAAUGUCCUCCACUAGGCGAGGAUGUGAAGCACUGGAUCGACUUCAUUUCAGCCAACAGCCAAGCCCUGAGAGCUGAGAGCGGACUGGAGCAGCAGCAGAAGAAGAAUGAAUGAAUGCAUGCAUAUCGUUAGCAACGCAAUCACAAACACAGUAGAACAGUAGAGCGCCGUCACCCGGCCUAAUGAUAUUCCACUUGCGCUCCAUGUACAGCACUUUUGAAAGUGCUCUAUAAAUACUGUUGACUUGCGUAAUUUAUUUUAUUUAAGGCAAAUAACAUUGUACGGCGAUAUGAACGUGAACCCAAGUGAUGCGUUCACACAGGCAUGCUGCAGCAACCUGAUCUCUGCGUGGUUGUAUAUAAAACGCACAAAAAAAGCUUCCCAUCUCGGGCAACGUUCCUGUUUUAUCGUAAAGGGAUCAUCUGCUGUUUGAUUUUUUUUUUUAAGGUAUAGCUUGGUGCUCUGAUGGGUGGUAUUUAAGACUUAAUGUAAUGUUGCAGGCAACUUUGGAAGGGAAAUAUAUGAAGAAUAUGAAUUAUUUAUAAAAUGUGCACUUCAUCUUCUGACCAAAAUGUUUAUUCCAUUAUUAUUAGCGUUCGAUUUGUAGGUCUGAAUGUUUAUGAACGUCUUGCAUUGCCAUUUUAGGUUCCUCUUAAAUUAUUUGUUGAAUAAACCCAUGUGCAAUAACAGUAUGUUUGUUGCUUCUAUCUAAUAACAUUUUCAAAUACAA